AUGGCCCAUUCCAUAAACUCUGCAGUGCUAGAGUAUGCCCGGUUUCAUGGAAUAGCAAGUAGCUAUACAGACGUGGAUCCCCUCGAGCAUGUACAGGAGAGCUGUGUCGCAAUUCCUGAUCUUCUCUCAAACUCCCUUUCCCAGUUCCGAGACCACCUUGACAAGGUGCACACAUCUCUCGAACAAAGCCUCUAUCAUGAGAAGCUAGACCUUAAGAAAGAAAGCGCAUUUUUCCUUGCAUCCGCUCUUCGAAAGAUCGAACCGACCGACAUCGAAAGUCACUGGGAGAGUAUCCUGCCGUCAUGGGAUCGUUACGAUAAGCUGAAAGUGGAGACACCAAUCUUUACCAAUGACGAGGAAAAAGGUCCACCUAUUGGUGCAAGACCUGUCUGUUACGGUCUCGACGAUUUCCAUCUCAGUCCAUUGGAGGACGAAAUCAGCGAUCGCGAUGUGGUUUUAGCGAGGGGCUUGGUACAUGGGAUAGACACCUCCGGUGAGAACAUCCGAGAGGAGAAGCUUGACUGUUCGAAGGGUGCAUUGCGUUUGAUACAGGAGGCUCGAAAGAGCUUUGAUCUUCGCUUUAAGGACCUCGAAAAUUUAUUGUGGAAUGAAUUGGGCUUAAAGGAGGCGGCUUCACGUUCACGUUCAAACUCCCCCGACCUUCUCCCUGUCAACGAUGACCAGUUCUCUGAUGGGGAGGAAUCGUUCCCCUUCGCUAACGAGAGUCAUUUCAGCUUCAGCAUACCUGCAGAAAAUGAUGACGGAGCCUCGGAGGACCCUUGGAACGUGGAUGCGAGGGUCAACGAUUCAACACAUAACCUGCUAGAUAGAACCCCGAAUGUGCGAAAGGAAUCUGAUCAACCACACUUGCACCAGUCUCACACCUCACCGCCUAUUGAGGAUGAUAUCGAUUUGUCUGACUGUGUGGUGACUCAACAUAAGUCACUGCAGGACCGCGAAGUUUCUUCCUAUGCCAGUCAGCUCUCGACAAGCGAUGGGGAGUCCACCCAUGGCAUCUCUCAAGUGACGUAUACUGAGAUAACUGAUAACAUUGCUACAUCUGACUGCCUCCCUUAUAAAGAAAAGGUCUAUCCCGUCAAUACUCCUCCAGCUAGCGACGUCUUUGCUCAAGAGCUCAGAGUCCAACCCCAGAAUACGCGUACAGACUGCAAUCAUAUACGACAAGUGCAGUCGAACUCGCAAGGGCUAGGUUCGACAACUGAAGAGCAGUCCACGUCGUUGGCGAAAAGCCCUGUCUAUGCAAGGGAAAGAAGCGAUCAUAUGAGGAUAGAGGUCACAAAAAUGCCAGAGAAUUUAUCGGAGCGCCAUGAGAUACACAGUGACUACAUACCCAUCCGUGAUGUCGAAACUCCUUUCGGCCACACAUCGCUCCGCAAGAGCUCAUGUCUACCACAAAAGCGUAAAUCCAGUAAUGGUGGAACGCCCUCAAAAAGGAGAUCUUCAUUGGGAAGGCAUAAUAAGCUGUCUUCAGGCAUUAAGAGACCUGAGACUCUGCAUUUAGUGGCCUCCUCGAACCUAGGCUCCUUGGUCUCGUUUAUGCAGGUCAGGGGACUUAAUACGAAAAAGUCCGUGACGCAAAUUCCCAAUUUCGGCUCGCCAGCCCUCAAAGCAAAGGUUGGGGAAACAGCACCGGUCACUCCACUGCCCGAGGAAAAGGCGUCCAUUUCCUUGGAUCUCGCUCAGCAAGUCCCUCUUGCUCCACAAAAUCUGUCGGGUGGCUUGAGAUUGACGCUAUCAACCCGGCUUCUCAGAAGUCACCCAGAUGUUGUGCGUCACCUCGAAGCGAGCGAUCUUGUCAACUCAAUAGACUAUAUUGAUCCUGAAGAAGAUACAUCAGCCACUGCGUCGAGUGCUGGACACUCUUUCGAACACGCCGACAUAACUAUAGCUGCCACAACGGCACUCAUGCUAACGAACACCCAAGCCACCACGCAGCUGUUCUUACCAGGACAUAGAUCUAGCAUACCAGACAGUAGCGGCAACAUCAACUCGCCUCUUCGCGAAAGGGUCUUCUUGCUUGCAAAGACGUACAAGAUCGUGUAUGUUCUCAUAUGCCACAGCAACCCAGCAUACAGCUCUACUGGAGAUCUUUUGCUACACAAGAACAUCCUGAGAUCUGUGACAUCUUUCAUCGCUUUCUGUGACUCUCUUUCGGACUUCUCUAACGUUCAGUCAUUGUUGAUUCUAGCAUGUCCUGAUACUAUUGUUAGCUGGAUUUCUGCAAUCGCAGGCAAAUGCCAAACUUGA